AAUGACUACUGCCAUCCAAUAUCAAGUUAUUCCUUUAGCUGACCGUGAGCACAGCAACAAAGUGGCGUCGAUUCUGGAAAACAAGUACAAAACUGCGACAAAUAAACGAAUCACAUUGAAUGAGCGCUUCGGAGUUCUCGAAAAGGGGUACACUAUUCAAGCCACUGAGCCAGAGACUGUCAAAAACGAUUCUGAUGUCUUCUUUGUCGUUCACGACCGGAACUUGAAUUCGAAAAAGGAAUUUGUGGAGAACUAUCUCGCAAAAAAUCCAAUUGUCAAUUCACCGGAGAAAGUUUUCGAAGAGGAGGACAAGGAGAAUGCACCGACCAAGAAAGCUGUUUUGAAGCCGUCCUCUACUGAUGAGAAGAAGCUCACCAGCUCGGAUAUCUACAUUCAAGAAAUCACCAGAAGCAUUCUUCAAUCCGUUUAAUUUUUCCAUAAAUUGCAAAAUUCAUUUUCCAAAAUUUAUGUAUUUUUCUCACAAUUUUUGAGCAGCCCUUUUCUUCUUUAAGUGUUAUAAUUUCCCUCGUUUUCCCACACCCAUGAACUUCAGUGCAAAUUUUCAUAAUCUUAUCCUACGAUUUUCUGUGGUAUUCCUUCGAUAAGUAAAUCGUUCAAAGU